AUGUAGGAUAGAUUUAAUUUAUAAGGAAUAAUAGAAAAGUAUUUAACUAAUAAUGAUUGUGAUGGCAUGAUUAUUGAUGAUAAAAUCCAAAAGAUCUUAACAUCAAAUGAUUUCUAAAGAGCAAGUGACAGAUAAAAAUUAUCCCUAUCUGAGUUUAAUGAGUAAAGCAAUAAGAGCAAUGUUACAAGUUAAUCUAAGCCAAAAAAGAGAAGAGUUGUAAAAUUGAAAAAUCAAUUGUUGUCUUCUCAUGUAAGUCCAGACAUACAGAAACUAUAUUAUCAAUCCUAGAAAAUUGAGACAGAAUAAUAAAGAGGAGGAGAAAAGAUAAUCAAUGAGGAGCAGAGGCAGAUUACAUUACCUUAGCUGCAAAAGAAGGAGUAAGCGAUAUCAGAACAGUCAUCUAAGACCAAUCUGAAUGAUCUUAUUAUGAGUAUCCAAGAGAUAUUCCCACCUGAUCAUUAACUUUGGAGGGAUCUCUAAGUUGGUGAUUAAAGUAUCGAGGAUGUAAUUGUAUAGAAUCAAGAUUACUUUUCAGAUUUAUUAAUAUUGUAUAUGUAGGAGAUGCAGAUUCAAUCCUUGAAGAACAAGAAACUUGGAUGUAAAGGUAAAUACAGUACAUAAUACACUGAUGAUUACAAUGAUAAAUAUAUGAAAGAUUCAACUUACAUUAACCGAUGGAUUUAUGAGAAAGCAAAACAAUCGGUUUCAUUUUUGUAGAAUUCAAGCACAUAUAAUUAACAUUUUGUACCUCAAAAAUUCGAGAAAUCAGACAAUUUUAAGCCUGAUCAUUUACCUAAUCAGAAUACAAUGUCAUGUUUGUCAUCCUACACAGCCAAUUAUAGAGAUUGGAAAAAGUAAUAUCAUGGUAUCAUUGGACCAUUCUAUGUAAAAAGUGAUAAGAAGUUACCAUUUAUUGCUGAGACUAAUUAUUCUCGUAAUUUUGUGACUCAGAAAUAUGAAAAACUAGAUCCUAUUAUCCCUAAACCUCUAGGACCAUUUCCAGUCGAAUCUCAAUCUUUGGUUCGUCAAACUACUCAUAAGGCUCAAUUCUCGUUGCCAUAGAAAUUAAUAGAGAAUUAAUCAUUGACUAGUCCUCGAAAUGUAGAAUUAAAAGGUUUUGAUGGAUAUCAACCUCACUUCAAUAAACAAUAGUAAUCACCAUAAGUGAUGAAUUCGUUUGCUGAUCGAUUCUUCCAUUCUUCAGUUGUAUAGUAAUUGAUGAAAAAGAAUCAGAAACAAAUUAUCAAUUGA